ACACAGCGCAUCACACCAACCCACCUUCACUGUCCGUCCCUCUCGCUGGUGGCCACGCGAUGGGACUUUUGGACAAGCUAAAGGAAAGCUUUGGGGCUGAUGACAAGCCGAAGAGCUUCGAGGUGACCUUCGUGGAGCAGCAUCUGGGCAUUUCGUUAUCGCCAGGCCCGAACGGAGAGUCUCGGGUCACCGGAGUGACCAACGGCGGAGCGGCAGCAAAGGCCGGCGUGCGCGUGAACGACACCAUAGCAGCCAUCGACAGGAACGUGUCCCCCGCCGCCCACGAAGACCUGGUCGACAUCAUCCGUGCGGUCGGCCGACCUGUGGUGAUCGAGUUUCACAGGUCGGGUGGCGGCGGGAAGGAGGCGAAAGGUGCCGGGGCGAGGGCCCAGGAACCGGGGCCCUUUCAGCGCGCGCAAGACGCUGCUAGGCGGAAGAUGGACGAGAUUAAGGGUCCGCCACAACCACCGCCGAUGACAGCCGAGGCGAAGGCAGAGCGGAGAGAAGCCGCGCUGAAGGCGGCCGAGUCUCGAACCAAGGACUGGGACAAGCGACUCAACAAGGGGCGCCAGGCGUCACAGACCAAGUCUCGGACCGGUGGAGUGACCGAAAACCAAUUCGAAGAUUCGGGCAAUGCCGAAACUAGGCGCAUGGUCGAGCUCGCGAAGCAGCAGGAAGCUAGGACGGCGGCUAGCAUGGGUUACAACCCGUACGAGGCCCGUCUUAUGGGAAACACGGCGGCACGGGCGGCUAUUUCUGGGGCCGGGGAUUCAGGGGCUGGGGCGCCUCUUACAUCUCCACCGCCUCCCGGCAGACAAGCAACAACACCACCAUCGGCAGCGGCGGCAACCGGAGAACUGGCAGAGGAGGAGGAAUGGAUUGGAGAGGAAGCUGCCAUGGCGGACGCUGUCGCGGCAGAAAUUGAGGGGGCGUUAGGAGCAGUUUUGGCGCAGGAACCGGGGGUGUCGUUGACUGCCGUCACAACUAUGCUCAAGUUGAUGAAGAACAUGACGGCCAAGUCGUCCGAGGACAAGUUCAAGAGGAUCCGCCUCGGCAACGCCAACUUUAACUCCAAAGUUGGCGGCAUUGACGGAGGACUCGAGGUGAUGACGGCGGCGGGAUUCUCGCUCCAAACAGACGGGGACGAGCCAGUCCUCCAACACGGCCCGUGCGACCCGGUCCCUUUGAGACUCACCGUGGCAAUACGCAGGCUCGCCCAGGCGGAAGCGAUGCUCAAAGAUAGCGGCAGCACCGCGCGUCCCGCGGGAUCCCGUUGAUACUUCGUUGGAAGAGUCUUGCACCUGCUCUGGAAUGUUGGUGUCCCUCACUUUGAUUUUGACACUUGGAAAUUGUGAUGAUUGUCUAGGUGAUGAAACCGCAUGAAUGGCACAUCUCUUUGCGAGAGAUCCGCAAAUCGGUAAUUGCCACGGGGAUUCGAUUCGCGCUUUUGCGGGAGUUGCCAUGUAUGAUGGCGUGUUUUCUUGUCGCACAGGUGGGUAUAUUUCUGUCGAUAUCGUCGUCGUUGGUGCUGAGUUUGUGUUUGCCUUCGUGAACGGUGACGGUUGUUUGCCGGAGGGGAUGCAGAAGAAUGUAUGUCGACAUCACACCGUAGCCACUCACUCCUCUUCGUCCCGCCAAUGCAUGCCGGUGAAGAUUUAUCCUGUUUGGUUUGGCAUGUUCAUGUAUGAAAGCUACCAAUUAUCAAAGAUUUUUUAUUGCUAGUUUUCACAGGUUUGUGGCGAACAUCAGUUUCAAGUCUCGCUUGUAGUAGUCAUUCUAUUUUUGCAAACGUCUGGGAGCGGUGGGUGCUUUCAGGAGUACACGCGACGUGGAAGACAGCGCGCCUUGGCACGGCGCGUACGCUUCUUAUGUGUAGACUUUAGCCGGAUCACACGCAUGCAAUGAAAGAGUGAAGGUGUUGAUUUUUCCUUGCAGAGCUUCUUGGCCUAGGCCAGGGCAAUGAUGUGCGGUAGUAGGUUUUCAGCCGCGUGUUUCAGGGAGCAUUCCCUACGCAGUGAAAUCUGCAAAAAGAGGCUUUGAACCAAGUUACCCCCAUCAUUCGGUUGGUUUAAUCAGUAAACCCAUGGCCGAUUCUGUAACACUGCCGUAUGACCGAGGCGUCGUUUCACUGUUUGAGCUGUCCCCGAGAGGCGGUUACGUAGGCGAGCGAUGUAGCAGAAUGUCAACGUACCACUUGGGUUGUGGUAUGCAUUCCGUGCGAAAAGGCUGUAUGAUCGCCGACGCAUAUAUAUGAAAUUACGGGUUUCACUUUCUCUCAAUUUCACU